AUGAAUGCCGUUGAUGUGUAUAAAAAGCUGGCAAAAGAACUAUCGCGUAUGUCAGUCAAAACUGCAACGUUAUACAAUAGCUCUACAUCCUCUGCCGAUGUAAGAACUUUAUUCUUAGUAGAUUUAGAAUCUUCUAACCUGGAUAUUCUACAAAAUACGCGAUAUUUACGAGCUCCAUUUCGCUGGUUGGUACUAAGUGAUACAGACGACGAUAGAAGCAAAUUCCUGUGGGAUUUGCCUUUGCUGCUGGAUGCAGAUUUCGUUCUAGCAGAGAGAAAUGGAAACAGCUUUAAUAUGAUCGAAUUGUACAAGCCAUCCCCAAACGGGCCGACCUACUCCCAACCAAGAGGCCACUACAAUGGAACCUUGCUGGACACCCGCCCAAGUAGAGAGCUGUAUAGACGGCGUGGCGACGUGAUGGGUCACCACAUGGUGAUGUCCCACGUGAUCCAGGAGAGCAACGCCACCAUGUACCAUCUGCCGAGGCAGGAUCGACUGAACCUGCAAUACGACAGCGUGGCUAAGAUGGCGUGGGUGGUGGUGAGGUUGGCUUUUGAAAUGGUCAACGCCACACCAGGGUACAUCUUCAGCACCAGAUACGGGUACAAGCGGAACGGGUCCUGGUCGGGCAUGAUCAACGAUUUGAUCACAGGGCAAGCUGUGAUCGGCACAAACUUGCUUAUGAACUUGGAACGUCUGGAGGUCAUAACUUAUACCGACACCAUCUCUCCCUUUCAACUGCGGUUCAUCUUCCGUCAGCUUCCCCUGACUGACGUCUCCAAUAUCUUCACAUUGCCCUUUUCCGUCAACGUCUGGAUCGCUAUUAUCGUAUGUGCCAUCAUUUCCAGCGCAGCUUUUUAUUUGAAUAGCAGAUUGGAGGUUUCUUCGAAGGAAGCAACACCUCUAGAUGGAAAUAUCACUGACGCCAUGUUAGUAACUCUGAGUGCUUUAAGCAAUCAAGGCAGUUCUAUAGCACCGAGGUCUUAUUCAGGUCGUAUGAUUCUGUGGUUGGUGUUUCUGUCAAUGAUGUUAAUUUACUUUGCAUACAGCGCCAAUAUUGUCUCAUUGCUUCAAGCACCUUCAAACGCCAUCAGAACAUUUGAUCAACUCACUAAUUCUAAACUCAUUUUGGGAGCUGAAAAUUUGGAUUAUCAUUAUUUCUUAUUUAGGAACAAUAAAAAAUUACACGAAAGAAUAAUACCUCAGCACGGCAAGAAACAAUUAUUUAGCGUUGAAGAAUGUGCAAGAAAAAUAAAAAAAGAAUCAUACGCAAUACACUGUGUGUUAAACCCUAUGUAUCGUCGCAUCGAGCAGACAUUUUUGGAGACGGAUAAAUGUGACUUGACCAUAAUAGAUUAUUUGAAUGCCUUCACACCGGGCACACCUGUAACCAAAGAGUCUCCAUACUUAGAGCUAUUGAGAGUCAGCAUCAAACGCAUCAAGGAAGCUGGCAUCUACUCGGCGCUGGACAGACGCUACAACAUCCCGAAGCCGAGAUGCGACGGGAAGGUCGCAGCGUUCAGCUCCAUAAGCCUGCAGAAUGUAAAACCAGUGCUGAUGCUACAUCUGCUGGGAGUGGUAGCUUCGGUGGUGAUAUUGGUGAUGGAGGUGGUGGUACAUCGAGUUUCGCUGAGAAUAAAUCACAGCAGAAGGUAUAGAAUGGAAUAAACUUGUGAAAUUAAUAACCGG